AUGGAAAACACCACAUACUACUAUGUCCACGUGCAAGCGGUCGUGUUGGCGGUGAUUCUUGCGCUGUGCACGGGUAUCUCGAGGGGCCAGUGUCCAGCCACGUGCCAUUGCGACGGAACUGUCGGGUUUGUUUCUGGCGGCUGUCGGGCAUCAGGAAGCAUUAUAGUCAGAGCAGCAUUAGUAGCAGAAGCAGAAGCAGCAGCAGAAGCAGCAGCAGAGCAUAGCAGAGCAGCAUCAGCAGCAGCAUCAGCGCAUCAGCAGCAGCAGCACAGCAGCAGCACAGCAGCCAGCAGCAGCAGCAGCAGCAGAAGCAGCAGCAGCAGCAGCAGAGCAUCAGCACAGCAGAUAGCAGCGCAGCAGCAGGCAGCGGCAUCAGCAGCGGCAGCAGCGGCAGGCAUCGGAAGCAGCAGCAGCAGAGCAGCAGCAGCAGCAGCAAUCAGCUAUAUGCAUCAGUGA